AUUAAUGGAAAAUGGAAAGCCGCGUUGAAUCUUAAAUGACAAAAAAAAAUUGAUUUUGAUUACAAAAGUCACACAUUCCGCAGCUUGCCAAUAUUGUCCUAGAAACAUUUUUGUUUGUGUUUCGAUAUCAGUUGUAUUGUACCUCAACAACAUUCUAUAUACGAGCAACAAAUUGUAAAAAGGUAGUGACGUAGUGAGUGAAAACCAAAACAAUUAUUUACUUUUAUUGCCUUCGUAAGCAGUUAGGAUGUCUAGUGAAAACAAAGUGAUUGGAGAGCCAAGUGCGAGUGCUAUACAACCCUCAGAGGAUGAGAACGCGAAGUCCUGUUGGGUCUGCUUUGCUACGGAGGCUGACGACAGGCUGGCAGCUUGGGUCCAACCGUGCAAAUGCAUCGGUACAACAAAAUGGGUACACCAAAGUUGCCUCCAGCGGUGGGUAGACGAGAAACAGCGGGGCAACAUUAGCAGAAAGGUCCUUUGUCCCCAGUGCAAAGCAGAGUACAUCGUGGUGUUCCCCUCAAUGGGUGCCUUCGUGGCGCUCCUCGACGCGCUGGAGGAAAUCACUCACAAGAUCAGCCCCUUCAUAGCGGGCGGCGUGCUACUGGGGUCUAUCUACUGGAUAGCCAUCACGUAUGGCGCCGUCACUGUCAUGCAGGUGGUGGGUCACAGAGAAGGUCUAGAAAUGAUGGAGUCAGCGGACCCGCUGGUGCUGCUGGUGCUGCUGCCCACCAUCCCGGUGACGCUGAUCAGCGCCAAGAUGUACAACUGGGAGGACUCGGUGCUGCUGUUCCUCAGGAAGUACUGCGCCAAGAUCCCCGCUCUGGCGUACAUACUGCCGUUUGGCAACGUGGAAGGCGACAGAGGCGCCAUCGUAACGGGGCAGCAAAACAACACAAACCAAACCAGCACCUCACAUUUAUCCCCCACCAGAAUAUUCUGCUCCGCGCUCCUACUACCAACAAUAUCCACUAUCAUAGGCAAAAUAUUCUUCCGCUCCGUGCAAAAUAACCUCCACAGAACAAUCCUAGGUGGUCUCACAUACAUAACCAUCAAAGGCGCAUUAAAAAUUUACCACAAACAGAUGUUAUACAUCAGGCAUUCUAGUAGGAAAAUUCUCGAUUACACAGAGUCGAAUCUGAAAUUGUAUAGAAGUAAUAUCAGUAGUACGACAGAUGCUGUGUCUAGUACUAAUGAUUCGGAGCAAGCGAUAUAGGGAUGAGUGCAUGUUUAUCUUUGGUUAUGUACCCGUUAAAGAUAGAGCGUUGUAGGGGUUGUUGUUCCCGCUGUGUCACAAUCGUGAGCAACACUGACACAACGGGAAUGUGAAUGUGACACAAGAGGAAUUUUAUUUUCCCGAUGAGUCACAUUCAUGCGUAACAGUGUGACUGAACGUGAAAAAUAUUUUUUUUCUCUCGUCUGGCUUUACUCAUAUUAGCCAAUGGUUUGUAGUUAUUUACAAGUUAGGGAAACAAUCCUUUUCCAAAUUGAAUUUAAAAAUCAAAGCAAGAAAAUUACACGUCCGCUAAGUACGUAGUUUUUCUGAAAAAUAUUAUCCUGUGACGUCACUGUAUUUGUUUACUUAGUCUGUUCGCUUAAAUUCGGUCGCCUUUGUGUCACGCAGCCUUGGCACGCGUCGCAUCUCGUCAAAGGCGCCGCGGCAACUUCAAAGCUUCCCGCAUGGGGUGUACACCCGCAGGGGAAUUUGGUAUCUAUUUAUUUUUCAUUAAACUUCUCUUUGCUACCUAACUUGUGUUCAUUAUUUAUAUUCGUAUUUUAUUACGGUAACUAUGAGAUAAAAUUGUAUUCUAUUUUAUUCUUAGAAUAGAAAAAACAUUUAUUUAACAAAGUUUUUAUAUUUUGCUUUUAUUAUUUUAAGUAAAAAAUAAAUAAUAAAAGCAAAAUAAUAUGAGCGCCUGCGGGUGUACGUUAGUUGAAAGACAAUACGCGGUUUGUUCGUAUCAUUUUACUUUGAGGUUCGUGUUUGGAGUUUUCAACGCUCGAAUUCCGUUAAAAAACAAAGUUCCUCGGCAGCCUUUGUCUGUCUGUACGCGCUAAUCUCAAAAUCUAUAGAUAAACAUUCAGUUUGUCUAAUUACACGACUGCCCAAAAAUGUGUGUAAUGUUUUCGGGUGCAUGUUUCUUUAUUCCAUCAUAACUUCUAAAUGCCAGAACAGGUUUUGAUGUAGGUAUUGUUAGAGAAUCCUUACGUCAUUCAUCAUGAGUGAUAUUGACUAUAUUUUUUUAAAAAAAAUUCAAUAUGGCGACUGUAUGGUGUUAUUUACUAAUGUAGUUUUUUUUUUACUUUUUAGAUCGUUUUUUGGGUGGGCAGUCGUGUUUUUUAUUUAUUUAAUUAUGACUUGUUUUUGGGAUGUUUUCGUUACAAGCUCCAUCUUGACAGGUAUAUAGUCAUUAUAUAAAUAUUUGACAAGUUGGUUUGACCAUGACAGAGCGUACUUAAGUACGUAAGAUCGACCAUAAAAUUGCUUUACGAACGUAUAUAUGCGUUUGUGCACUUAUUCGUAUUCGGUUCGUUUUCGUGAUUCGUGAAAAUACGUGAGAUUAAGUGUGUACGCGCGCUUAGUGAAAUUUAGGUUGAGAUCUAUACAGUUUAACUUAACAGCACUUUAACUUUGCUUAGAUUUAAGCAUUAAUUAAAACGAGACGGUUUUAUGUCAGCAAUAUAGCGCUGUCUCGUUUUAACAUUGUCUUAAGUCUUAGCAAAGUCAAAGUCUCAUUAGAUCUCAACCUUAGAUUUACUGGAAGUUGUUUCAAAUGGCUAAGCAAUUUUAUAGUCGACUAUAAUAUAUCAAUUAUAUUCCUACAGGGUGUAAUAAGAACGCUAGCAAACCGAA